CUCUGUUCACGACUCCGUAUCGUGUACAUCGAUCGAGGAGCGGGGUGGAGAAAGAGAGAGAGAGAGAGAGAGUGAAAGAUUUCAUUUUGUUUCUUCAUUUUUCCGUGAUCAUGUCGCAGCUUUCAGAUCUCCUCAACCUCAACCUCUCCGACACCACCGACAAGGUGAUCGCCGAGUACAUAUGGAUUGGGGGAUCCGGUAUGGACCUCAGAAGCAAAGCAAGGACUCUUAAUGGCCCCGUCAGCGAUCCAUCGAAACUUCCCAAGUGGAACUAUGAUGGCUCGAGCACUAAUCAGGCCCCUGGCGAAGAUAGUGAAGUGAUCCUAUAUCCCCAAGCAAUUUUCAAGGAUCCAUUUAGGAGGGGCAACAAUAUCCUGGUCAUGUGCGAUGCCUAUACUCCAGCUGGAGAGCCAAUCCCGACAAACAAGAGGCAUGCGGCUGCCAAGAUAUUCAGCCAUCCUGAAGUCCUUGCUGAAGAGCCCUGGUACGGGAUUGAGCAAGAGUACACCCUCUUGCAAAGAGAUGUCAAGUGGCCGGUUGGGUGGCCUGCUGGUGGUUAUCCUGGUCCUCAGGGACCAUACUACUGUGGUAUUGGCGCAGACAAGGCUUUUGGGAGAGACAUUGUGGACUCCCAUUACAAGGCCUGCUUGUAUGCUGGAAUCAACAUCAGCGGCAUCAACGGGGAAGUGAUGCCGGGUCAGUGGGAAUUCCAAGUCGGUCCUGCCGUGGGUAUCUCAGCUGGAGAUGAAUUGUGGGUAGCCCGGUAUAUUUUGGAGAGGAUCACAGAGAUUGCUGGCGUUGUCCUUUCGUUUGAUCCCAAGCCUAUUCAGGGAGAUUGGAAUGGAGCAGGUGCUCACACAAAUUACAGCACCAAGUCAAUGAGGCAUGACGGUGGAUAUGAAAUCAUCAAAAAGGCAAUAGAGAAGCUUGGACUGAGGCAUGAGGAACACAUUGCUGCAUAUGGUGAAGGCAAUGAGCGCCGUCUCACUGGGCGCCAUGAGACAGCUGACAUCAAAACGUUCCUAUGGGGCGUCGCAAAUCGGGGCGCGUCAAUCAGAGUCGGAAGAGACACUGAGAAAGCUGGAAAAGGUUACUUUGAGGACAGGAGACCUGCGUCAAACAUGGACCCAUAUGUGGUUACUUCCAUGAUUGCGGAGACCACCAUUAUCUGGAAACCAUAGAGUUGCUCUCAGCUUGGGAACGAUCGUGGUGUGUCAAUCUUGUUCUGGGGAAAUAUUGUUUACGACAGGGCCCUUCCAAGUAUUUCCUUUCGUCUUCAUUGCCGGGUAUUUCUACUAGUAGAAUAGCUUUGCCUUUUUCUUUCUCUCGCCAUUUUCUUGCAACAUUUGCUAGUUUCUUCUGAUUGUAUGCUGGUUGGUGAUGCAGCAGGAUGAGCAUAUUGCUUCCUUGCAGUGUUGAUUUGAGUCUGCUGUAGUUGGUUGAAAAUAAAUGGUGACAGGGCUAAAUCUUUUACAGUUGGAAA